CCACCGUGACCGAACAGCGAAGUCAGGCAGACAACGACGGAGCGGCUGUACUGGGAGUGUUUUUAUGGCUGCCUACUCAGCACGACGUCUAGUAAUUUGUUGAAUUUAAUAACACUCUGUGUUUUUAGAGGCCUUGAAAACGAAACUACCGCUCUAUAUUCAGCGAGGAAUGUAGUUGAGACAGUCACACGAAUGUGGACACGGCUAACUUUUAAGUGCUAAAUGAGACUCAGUCGUCGAGCGAAAUUGAACUUCAUCGAUCGCGGAUAAUUCUUCUGAAAAUACACUCAGCGGAAGUCUAACUAGGAUUAAAAGCAGCGCUUGAACACUUGGACUCGGUGUUUUUACGAAGAACUACAUGAAUUGAAUGGGGCAACUAUCAUUUGUAACUUUUUUUCCUCAACAGCGGUGCAAACUGUCGUAGCGGCGUACAUUAACGUCAGCUAAUUUUAGCAAGCUAGCUAGGUACAUUAGCUGGCAGCCUAGCAGUACAGCAGUUUGCUACUGGCAGGACUUACAACUAAAUCAGCCCACUUUUUUAUGACAAUGUCUUUCAUACGUUUUGCAACAGGUAGAGCUUUUGCAAACACGACGAAGCAGUAAAAAAAAAACAUACAAAAUUUUGAAACUUGUGCGAUAAUUAUCCUAUGUUGGUAACUCCGGGUUAUACUUUGGGCAAUGUCAUGAGUUGUAGUUUGGCUUUUUGGUUCGUGUUUUGAAGAUUGCUCCCGUGUUUCGGAAAACAAGUUACCCCAAUGAUGCAGUCUUUGGACACAGUCUAACCCCAGUACCGAGCGACCAUGUUGGAUCAUACAGAAUAACAUAAGACUUGAACCGGGGACGAGCUUCACGGCGCGCAGUUGGCCACAUAUUUUUGUGCUGAUGCGAACAGUAGGAACAGAAGAGGAAACCUUUCAUUUGACCUAGGGAUACAAUAGCUUGUCUGAAGUCUUCGUCAGUUUAUGCAGCAAAAUGUCGGCCAUCUCCGCAUCCGAGAAAGUGGACGGGUUUACGAGAAAGUCCAUGAGGAAGGCCCAAAAACAGAGAAAAUCCCAAGGCUCUUCUCAGUACCGCACUCAGACUGCUCCAGUUGAGCUUUCACCGCUGCCGCAGCUCAAAGAUGCCCCCUCCACAGAGCAGCAGGAGCUGUUCACCCAGAAACUCCAGCAGUGCUGCAUGCUCUUCGACUUCCUGGACUCAGUGACGGACCUGAAGAGCAAGGAGAUCAAGAGGGCCACACUUAACGAGCUUGUGGACUACGUUUCCACCAACAGAGGGGUGCUGGUGGAAUCUGCAUACCCAGAGAUCACUGAUAUGAUCUGCACCAAUAUAUUCCGGACUCUUCCACCAAGUGAAAACCCUGAUUUUGACCCAGAGGAGGAUGAACCCACUCUAGAGGCUUCCUGGCCUCACGUUCAACUGGUCUAUGAGUUUCUCCUACGCUUUCUAGAGAAUCCAGACUUCCAGCCCAGCAUUGCAAAGCGCUACAUUGAUCAGAAAUUUGUUCUGCAGCUGCUGGAGCUGUUCGACAGUGAGGACCCGAGGGAGAGGGACUUCCUGAAGACCAUCCUGCAUCGGAUUUAUGGAAAGUUCCUGGGGUUGCGAGCCUUCAUCAGGAAGCAGAUCAACAACAUUUUCUUGCGGUUCAUAUAUGAAACUGAGCACUUCAAUGGAGUUGCUGAGUUGCUAGAAAUCCUGGGAAGUAUCAUCAAUGGGUUUGCGUUGCCUCUGAAGGCAGAGCACAAGCAGUUCCUUAUGAAGGUGCUCAUCCCGUUACAUACAGCUAAAGCAUUGUCCCUUUUCCAUGCACAGCUGGCCUACUGUGUGGUCCAGUUCCUGGAGAAGGAUCCCACACUCACUGAACCGGUGAUCCGUGGGCUGCUGAAGUUUUGGCCUAAAACCUGCAGCCAGAAAGAGGUGAUGUUCCUGGGUGAAAUUGAGGAGAUUCUGGACGUCAUUGAGCCAACGCAAUUCAAGAAAAUCCAGGAGCCAUUGUUCAAACAGAUUUCUAAAUGUGUUGCCAAUCCACACUUUCAGGUAGCAGAGCGAGCGCUGUACUUCUGGAAUAACGAGUACAUUCUCAGCCUCAUUGAGGAGAACAUUGACAAGGUCCUUCCCAUCAUGUUCGGUAGCCUGUACAGAAUCUCCAAAGAGCACUGGAAUCCGACAAUCGUCGCUCUGGUCUACAAUGUGCUGAAGACGCUGAUGGAGAUGAACUGCACCCUGUUUGACGAGUUGACUUCCUCCUAUAAAGCAGACAGGCAACGGGAGAAGAAGAAGGAGCAGGAGAGGGACGAGCUGUGGAAGCAGCUGGAGGAGUUGAGGCUCAGCAACACCCCUCUGGUCCAGAACAACAGCCACGGGCUCCUGAGUGUCCAGAACAACAACAACAACAACAACAACAAUAGUAGUAGUAGUAGUAAUGACAACCAGGACAAGAGCGUUGAUGCUGCUGCCGUCACCACAGACAACAAAGAUCCGGACUUCAGUGUGGCAGCCAGUGAGAGCAUCCCAUGUGCCAAAUGACACCGGAUGUCCGUUUUUUAUUCCGUGACGGUUUGACAUCAUGUUCAGGACUGUCAGUAGAGGAUUAACGGAGACAGAAAACACAAAUUACACCUCAACAGUAUAUUAAAUCUGCUUAGAGUGACUUAGAACGCCAGCAUUUCUUUGGCAGAAAAAAAAUAUAUAUUUCAACUUAAGACUAUUUUUGGAUGUUACAGUGUGGCUGCAGUAUAUUGUUUAUUUGUCUGAUCAAAGAUGUAUCCUUUCACAUUUAGUUUCUUAACUGAAAAUGAUUUUUUUUUGCUAUAUUCAUUGUAUGGACACGGGAGGGGAGGAAAUAAUAAUGACUUGAAUUUAAUGUUUCCGAUUGUGCUGCACUUAGACAAGCUGAAUAGCUAUUUAAAGAUGUCUAUUUUUUAAUGUGCUUUUCCUUGUUGCUGCCAACACUUGGGUGCAAACCUUAAGGAAGAAGGGAACUGCAGACUUUGGGAGUAUUUGGGGCAGAUGGGACCAGAUCCAUAAUUAGACAUUUACUGUCCAUUAAUGUAUAGAACGGGGCUGUUAUCAGGAGCAGAAGAAGCUAGAGGACCAUUUUCUCAAUGGGAGGUGCAUGGCCAAAAAAGAUAAAUCCUUAAGAAAAAUAAUCCCAGAUAUGGAUUGAUAUCUCUCUAAGUGAGUCUAGUUGGGACUAUGAACUUGUUCACAAUUAGGAUAAAUGUCAUAUUUGUGAUAUUUUUGUGUUUCAGGCGUUGGUUAAUAUUUUUUUAUCUGGGUGAAAACGUGAAGCUAAUGCAUUUGUAAGAUUAUUUACACUAAAGUAUUGAGACAUGGUUUUCAAAGAAUGAAACAUUUUUCAGCCUGACUGGAAUUAAAGGAAUGGUUCAGCAUUUUGGGAAAUGGGCUUAUUUGCUUUUUUGCCGAGAGUUUGAUGAGAAGAUUGAUACCACGCUCAUGUUAGUGCGGUAAAUAUGAAGCUAAAGCCAGCAGCCGCUUAGCUUAGCAUUAAGACUGGAAACAGAGGGAAGCAGCUAGUCUGGCUGUGUCCAAAGCCAGGCUAGUCAACUUUAUUUGAAAGUUGAACCAGGCUCAACUUUUGCUACAACGUUGGCCAAUCACAUACAUGCAAGCAAACAUCCCUGGUAGAUUAAUUUGUAACGUGAACGGCAUCUUUCUUCUGUUCACUUCACAAUUGUCGUGACUAAAGAUAAAAUUGUUUUACAUUUUUUUUUUAGUUGUAAAAUCCUGUCUGAAUAUUACAAACCGUUGUGCAGUGUUUUGGCGUCUGAUAAGCUUUUGAACGCAUUCAUCUGUUACUUCUUGGAUCGUAUUUUGUAGGCUAUGUGUCCCACAAUGCGCUGGAACAGUCACAGCAACGUUUAAAAAAAACAAAACAAGCUUUUUUUAUUUGAUCUCUAUUUAAUCAGGCAGUCUCAACAAAUGGUCACCCUGCGUCAGUGGAGGAAGAGGAGGAAUAUAACUGAUCUGUCCCUAACAACAAAAAAUAUAACGUUAAUUUAAUUUAUGUAUGUCGUGUUUUCUUUUUGACAGCUCGCCAAGGUUGCUGUCUUCGUGAUAUCAAACAUUUAGCAGGCUUAACUUAAAUGUUAUGGCUUUGUUAUGGGUAACGUUAGUAGGACAAAUGUAGCGAUGCGUUUGUUACAGACAGGCUGUAGCCACAAUUGUGAAUUGUUCUCCUUACACAAGAUUAAAUUUGAAAAAAAAUGUUAAGUGUAUUUACAUUUAUAUUCCUAUUAUUGUUUACUUCCGCUUUCCAAAACCGGCUAAGCCUGGCCUAGCAUACUGCAAAAUAAAUCGAUUGAACAGUUUCAUACUGCAUACUACUAUGAAAAGCAGUAAGUAGUGUGUAGUACAUACUGCAUACUACAUUCAUCUGUUGUAUGUGGUAGGCGGUUCCAAAUACAGCCAUUGUCUCACCGGUACCUUAAACAACACGCCCCCACCAACGCAGCCUCUUGCGUUGUUUUAACGCAACACUGUUUUCGGUCUAAAUCCACCCAACAGCACCUCUAAAACGUACUUAUUAAAAUGUUUUAUCUUGUUUGUUUGAUCUGUUACACACCAGGCCAUUUCUGAAUUGUUGUUUUUACACUUGGGUGUUCGUAUUGAUUGAACAAAUGAAAUAAAACGUGUAUAUUAGUGAGCUUUAGAGCGUAGGUGGAUUUAGUUACUUUUGGACAGAGCCAGGCUAGCUGUUUCCCUCUGUUUCUAGUCUUUAUGCUAAGCUAAGCUAACCGGCUGCAGGCUGUAGCUUCUUAUUUACCGUACAGACAUGAGUGUGGUAUCAGUCUUCUCAUCUAAGUCUCGGCAAGAAAGCAAGUAAUAGUAUUCCCCAAAAUGUCGAACUAUUCUUUUUAAAAGUAAUAGAUUUAAGAUAAAAAACAUAUGAGAUCCACAGUGCUAUAAUUUUCCAGAGUAUAGAGAAGGCAAAUAUUUUUGAAUGUUUCAUUUUGAAAAUGGAUUCUGAUGGGAUGCAGGAUACCCUUGAGUGUAUAUUUGUUGAGUGCAUAUUUGUAUACUGUAUAUGUUAGUUUGGAGGCUACUUAAAGGGAAAUGCCACUCAAUUUAAGAUUUUAUGUACAGUAUAUUGUUUCUGUGGUCUAUGAAAGUGCAGUCAGUGCUUAGGAACAUAAAUGGUUGUCUGUCAAAGCGGAAAAGCAAAUACUUGCACUUGUCUUACCACUUAUCUGGUAUUUUACAAUGCACAAGAGGCUAAUUUUGUGUAUUGUGAGUUUUAUAUCCAAACAAAGCUCAUUAUGAAGUAGUGAUAUCAAGAAAAUUAACACUGAACACCAGAAAAUCCCACUGGAUUGUUUUAAAGUAAUCUUUACCAUCAAUGCCUGUUCUCUCCCUGCAUCUCCAGACUUCAUUAAAACCUCACAUUUGCUUUUAUUUUCCAGUUUCUGAUGUUGGGAUGAUGGGAGUUGGGAGUUGCUAAAUGUGUUCAUAAACUUAAUCUGACUGCCAUAGAUCAUAGGAACAACGUGUUGAGUUUUUAAAAUUGAAUGGUGUUCCCUCUGAACCCCGAGUGUCUGCUCUCUUACUUUUGAGUUCUUAUUUUUAGGUUCAGUCUCUUCUGAUGUCUUUCUGUCAGUACAGCAUUCCAACCUCUGUGACGUCAAAAAGUGCGUGGAGAACCUCUUUUGUAAUCGCAGAUCUUAUUUAGGUUUCACCAUCAAAUAAAGUCUACUUUAUCUUUCUA